GCCAAACCAGAAGCUCUGGGGCUCUAAGCGCCACAGCGGGUCCCGCCCCCCGCGGAGCCCGGCUGGGAGGUGACAGCGCGAGGGGUCCCUUUAAAGGCCGGGAGUACAAGUGCCCCCGGCCCUCCCCGGCUCCUCCUACGUCAGCGGGAGGCGUGAAAGAGAGAGAGAGCGAGCGAGAGAGAGAGAGAGAGAGAGAGAGAGAGAGAGAGAGAGAGAGGAGCCAGGGAGCCGGAGAGAGGGAGGCCCGGAGCUGCCUGCUCGCGCACCCCCACGCGCGCCCGGACCCGCCCGCCGUCUGCACCCCGGAUCCCGGAUCGCCCGCCGUCUGCACCCCGGAUCCCGGAUCCCGCCGCGGGGAGAGACGGAGCCUGUGGCAGGCGAGGCUGCCGAGCAGGGCCAGGCCGGGCCCUGCCCGCAAGGACGCCCCAGCCCUUCACCGGCCCCGGAGCCCCAGAACCCACCAGGCUCUUCUGCUGGCCCCGCCAUGACAUCGGAGUCCACAUCGCCUGCAGUGGUGCCCCCGCUGCUCUCGCCCAAGUCCCCUGUCUGGCCUACCUUCCCCUUCCACAGGGAGGGCAGCAGGGUAUGGGAGCGGGGCGGGGCGCCUCGGGACCUACCCAGCCCGCUGCCCACCAAGCGCACCAGGACAUACUCGGCGACGGCCCGCGCCUCAGCCGGCCCCGUGUUCAAGGGCGUCUGUAAGCAGUUCUCCCGCUCCCAGGGCCACGGCUUCAUCACCCCAGAGAAUGGGUCAGAGGACAUCUUCGUGCAUGUGUCUGACAUCGAGGGGGAGUAUGUGCCCGUGGAGGGUGACGAGGUGACCUACAAGAUGUGCCCCAUCCCGCCCAAGAACCAGAAGUUCCAGGCUGUGGAGGUGGUGCUCACCCAGCUGGCCCCGCACACCCCUCACGAGACGUGGUCUGGCCAGGUCGUGGGCUCCUAGACUGGGAGCCGUGUGGAGGCGGGCAGCCCCCGGUGCGCACGUGUCUGUCUGUCUGUCUGUGCUCGUGGCCAUGUGUGCGUGCCUCCACCCACCCGUGCCCUGUGACUGUCUAGCGAGCUGGCCAGAGCUAGCCGGAGGGGAGGCCAUCACCCCGGCCUGGCCUGUCCCUCCUCUGUCCCUUCCAGCUGAGCACACAGGACCCUCUCGUCCUCCUGCCCAUGGCCCAUAUUGGCUGUCUCUGCCCACCUCUGGGGAUUUUGGGGACCCCUCUCAGAUGAGCCUGCUCCCCUCUGCUUGUGCUCCUCUGUCCUGCCCUGGGCUGAGCCUCCUGCCAUGGCCUGAUCCUUCCCCUUAGCAGCCUGGCUGGUGAGCACUUUGGGGAGCUCCCUUGGAAGAGGGCCAAAGUGGGGGUGCACAGGCCCUCACUGCCAUGGCCAGCCCACCCUCCCGCUCAAGCUCUUGUGGGCACUGGCCGGGUCAGCAAGGGCAGCCUGGGGACAGGAGGGAUCUGCGGCUCCUGUUCAACCUGGCCAUGGCUCUGGGAGCCCCAGGCUCAUCCCCUUCCCCCGAGGGGAUGCGAAUCCUUAGCUUGGGUACAGCUGUUUCCUUUCCCUGACUCCCAAACCCAUGGAUUCUCUGCCCCGGGCCCAGCCACCAGCUGAGGCAGAUAAAGCAAGGGACGACACCUCGUCCCCUCAGAUGAGGCCAGGCCCAGGCACCAGAAGGAUCCACUGGGCUGGGCCCCCACAAGAGCCUCUUCAAUGGCUGCGGGACAGACAGCAGCUCCACAGGUCCUGACAGGCCAGCAGCCCAGGGGCCCUCAGUGUCCAGCCCUGCUGUGUCCCUGUGUGUGACAGUCCCUUACUAGGAGUUGUCCUGGGCCCGCCAUGGCCCUGUGUGUGGCAGGGGUGACCUAGCCCAGGAGGGACCCUGCCCUUCACCCUCCCUCUCAAUCUCCAAUGUGGGGAGAGUGGGAUCACAAGCUCAAGGGGGCCCUACCAGGACGGCAGCCCUUGAAACCCAGUCGGCAAGUAAAGUGGGGCUCACGUGACCAGGACAAGGGGUCAGUGACUGCCCAGGAAGCCUUGGAGCUGCUCCGAGACCCCAGGACAGAGACCAGCAGUGGCACCUACAGCCCAGCCCCACCAAAGACUGGGAGGUACCUGGCAGCCCCACCCGUGGGGAGGGCCAGCCACCUGGCACCCACCGGGCUGGACACUGACACCGUGGCCCCCAGCACAGGCCUGCCCCUUAGCCUUCCUCCCACGAGCAGGUAUCCUGCACAGGCAUCAGGCCAGGGCCAGCUGGGGGUGGGGGGCAGCAGCCUCCUCCCCAUUCUCUGCCCCACAGCACUGGAAGUCAUCCCGAGACCCCAGCCACGGACUCCCCAUCCUUCCUAACACUGGCAAUAAACUCUCAACUGUG